CCCUACCUUGAUCCAACUCCAGGGAAGAAAUGCCAUCUUGCACCUUCCGGUUCUUUGGGAUCUGAGGUCGCUCUCGGUAAUCAUACGUCGGGUUUCAGCUCAUUAUAUCAACUUGGAUGCACAUUCGACUCAAUGCGUCCGGUUCUCCCCGUAUGUUAUCGUCUCGGCAUUCAAUAAUUUCGUUGGGAAAGUCUAGGUAUCCGUUGCAUUGAAGCAGAUACGAAAAAGUUGACCAACAGUCCGGUUAACUGGCUCUUUGAAGGCAAAGGCCAUGGAUAAGGUCGUGCAUAUAAGUCUCCUGCAUCAACCAUUACAGCCCAUGCUUUCUUCCUUUCUAAUAUUUCUGCUGGAGCUUAUAUCUUGGACGUUGUUACCCCUCAUUCUCGCGUGGAUUAUGCAUAGUUUGGGAGUGGUGAAUGGCGGAAGUAGCCCAGGGUUUCUGUCAAGAAAUAUUCAAGUCAACGCGGAAAAUCUGUCCAAUUGUGCAGGGGCAAGAUGUGAUCACAUUCAUUACUGAUGAAUGGUUGGUUGGACCGGGAGGAUGAACCUCUUCUGUUAUCCCCUCCACAAACCCGACUCUUUGUUACGGGUCCCAGGCAAGUUUAAAC